AUGGCAGGAGAGGGGUCAGACUGUGAUACGAGCCCCGGGGACGAUGACGACUCUUCUAUCAGUAGCGUUGACACAGAUCCCUUAGAUGAAAAUGACGAUCUAGAAAUACUGGACGUCAUUACACCUGACGCUUUUGGAAUGGCUCCCGAGCGUGAAUGGGAAAGCUACUAUGGAGAAAGUCCUAAUGCGAUGAUUGUGUUCUCUGGUUGCUACUUCCCAGAGAGGAGUCGAAAAGAUUACAGCUAUGUCAUGGAAAACCUAUUUUUUUAUGUGAUCGGCACACUGGAGCUGCUGGUGGCAGAAAACUACCUGAUCGUGUAUUUCCACGGAGCUACGCCUCGACGACAGACUGAAGAAGAGCAUAAAAGGCUUGUUACUGACCACCCCACCAUGAUGAUAAAGGCCAUUAUCAUGAUGAGCAAGCCUUUCUUCAGCUCCAAGUUUUGCUCCAAGUUGAAAAUUGUGAAAACACUUGCAGAGUUAGAGACGCUGGUGUCUAUGGCGUAUGCGUUUGUGUAUGACCAAGUCAGAGAAGUUAAUAAAGUUGCCAGGCUAAACCCAGCUGCUAUAGAGAAAGGUUUUAACAGCCCAGAUGACCUGAGUAGUGCCACUGCCAGCCCGCUCAGUCCCAGCAGCUCAGGCAGGAAGAAAACAAAGGCCUCGUCUCUGGAAGAGAAAGAAAUGAUAAACCAUUUGAUGCUUCACAAAACAACAAUUUGUUUGCUGUUUACCACAUGA